AUGGGGAAGAGCUGCAAGGUUGUUGUCUGUGGCCAGGCGUCUGUGGGCAAAACGUCAAUCCUGGAGCAGCUUCUAUACGGGAACCAUGUGGUUGGGUCUGAGAUGAUCGAGACACAGGAGGACAUCUACGUGGGCUCCAUUGAGACAGACCGGGGUGUGCGAGAGCAAGUGCGUUUCUACGAUACCCGGGGCCUCCGGGAUGGGGCCGAGCUGCCCCGGCACUGCUUCUCCUGCACUGAUGGCUACGUCCUGGUCUACAGCACUGACAGCCGAGAGUCCUUCCAACGUGUGGAGCUGCUCAAGAAGGAGAUUGACAAAUCCAAGGACAAGAAGGAGGUCACCAUUGUGGUCCUCGGCAACAAGUGUGACUUACAGGAGCAACGGCGUGUGGACCCAGAUGUAGCUCAGCAUUGGGCCAAGUCAGAGAAGGUGAAGCUAUGGGAGGUAUCGGUGGCCGACCGCCGCUCCCUCCUGGAGCCCUUUGUCUACUUGGCCAGCAAGAUGACCCAGCCCCAGAGCAAGUCGGCCUUCCCUCUCAGCCGCAAGAAUAAGGGCAGUGGCUCCUUGGAUGGCUGA